AUGACGUCAUUCAUGCAUCACCGCUCGAGCGACACCGCGCUCCGCCCUGCAAUCCACCCGUCUGCAGGCGACCUGUACCAUCUUGAGUUCCACAGGGCCAACCCCUGGCGCCGCGGUAUGGCCCCAGAGGCCAUUGGCGCCGCAGCCGCCGACGCGGACGAGGACUCCGGCCCCGGCGACGACGCCUGCAGCGGCGGCGGCGGGGACGGCGGCGGGGCCGGUGCGCCCGCGUCGCGGCCGGGGCGGUGGCUGCCGCGGGCGGGGGAGGACCCGGUGGCUCUGGCGGAGGCCGAGUGCGCGGAGCAGCUGCAGCUGUGGGCGGUCGCGGCGCUGUGCAGGAGCCUGUCAUUAGACAACGUGCUGACUCUGCUCAACGCGGCCCUGCUGGAGAAGCAGGUCGCCGUCUUCUGCCCCCACAUCGGCACCCUCUGCGCCUGCGUGCUUGCGCUCGUGCCGCUGCUGCGGCCGUUCGUCUGGCAGAGCCUGCUGCUGCCGGUGACGCCCGCGGGGAUGAGGGGCUUCCUCGAGGCGCCGGUGCCGUUUGUGCUGGGGCUGCAGUACAAGACGCCAGAGGUGUCAGCUAGCCCCAGCCCCAGCCGUGGCCCCAACCCCGCGUGUAAACCCUCAUCCUAA